AUGCUCGUCUACCAUCGAGUCUCUCAUUAUGCAGGUGCAAGUCUUGCAAGGGCAGCUGCACGCUGCCUCACAUCCUCUGCUAUGCUGUCAGAGAGCAGCAGCAGCACGCAACCUAACUCCAUUUUUGCUGCCAAAGAAUCUCCUUGGGACCACAUAUUGGACGACUCAAUAAAAGAGAUGCCACCUAUCCUCCCCUCCCCAGUCGCCAAUCACUUACGCGUUGGCGGCGUAGAAACCUCAGGGCGCACCCGGGCACGCAGACAAGCGAUGACUGCCCGCGAAAUCAGCGCCUUCGAUGAUAUGUUCAACAUGAUCUUCGACGCAGUCUCAGAGCAAAAGAACCCCUCCGCCAAAUUCUCCUCCUCAAAACAAGAAGACCCGCUCGCUGUUCUCGACGGAAUAGGAAUCGGUCGCAAACCAUUCGGCCACGCCCCAACGUCAGAUUUAUUCGGCAAACUCAGACGGCACUCAAAACGGCUGAAAUGGACGACAGAGGCGGAUGAGGAAUUUGAUAAGAAGAAGGAGGAAAUGGAGCUUUGCGAUACGGAUCAGCAGCUGCUUGAAUGGUCUAUGCGCGAGGUGUUUGGGCAGUCUCAGCAAUACGAGGAACGCGCACGGAAUGCUAUUGCUAAAGCCGAGGAACAGCACACUCCAGGCCUUACUCCAACCUCGAAAAGUGCAAGCGCAAAUCCACCGCCACAACUUGCAUCUAUGCACCCUGAACUCCAACACCCGACUUAUCCCUACCUCAUCGCGCACCUCAUGCGCUCUUUCCGUGAUAAAUACCGUGAUCCCCACCUAGCUCUCUCCAUCUUCGACUAUGCCCGGCACUUAAGCAUCCCAAGCUACGUAUUCGGGUGCACCACACCCGCAUACAAUGAGCUGAUAGAAACCCGCUGGUCAUGUUUCCGCGACCUCAGAGGCGUGCACGACGCCCUCGAAGAGAUGCGGGUCAAUGGCGUCGAGCCGGAUGGUAGAACCAAGAAACUCGUCGAAAAACUAAGGCGUGAAGUAGGCGCGCGCACGAUCUGGGAAGAGGAGUCUGUGUUUGGGAGUGGAGAAGUCGUCGGGAUGUUGUCUAAGAUCGAGCAGCUUACUAUCAAGGAGCCGAGAAGGAAACAGGGGAAAAGGCCGGGCAAGAAAUUGCCGGCUUUGGAUGCAUGGAAGGGCGAUGCGCUCAAGGAGAAUGUGGAGGACGGGUAUGAGUUCGGCCAGUGGGAUCGACAAGGACAUCACCGGAACGCGCACUGA